GAAGAGAGAGAGAGAGAGAGAGAGAGAGAGAACGGCCACUGGACUCCAUUAACACAAAACCCUUCAGGAGCUCCGCCGCUGGACUUUGGCGAUUUUUCCCCUUUUUUUUCGGGACCCUUCCUCAUGAUAGGAUUAAAUACGCGGUCGAAGGAAAGAAAACGCGUAGCCUGUUGAAGUUCUGGGAACUGAAGUGGUGUUUUGCGGAUUUGUUUCGGCGGAUUUGUGAAGGAUGGCGUUGGACGGUAUACGGAUGCCAGAUGGCUGCUACGCAGACGGGACCUGGGAGCUGAAGAUGCAUGUCACUGACCUCAACAGGGAUGUGUCUCUCAGAGUCACCGGGGAAAUCCACAUCGGCGGUGUGAUGCUCAAACUGGUGGAGAAACUCGAUGUGAAGAAGGACUGGUCAGAUCACGCACUGUGGUGGGAGAAGAAGAAGACCUGGCUGCUAAAGACGCACUGGACGCUUGAUAAAUACGGCAUUCAGGCUGACGCCAGGCUGCUCUUCACGCCGCAGCACAAGCUGUUGCGCCUGCAGCUGCCCAACAUGAAGCACAUGAGGGUGAAGGUCAACUUCUCUGACCGCGUCUUCAAGGCCGUGUCUGACAUCUGCAAAACCUUCAACAUCCGGCAUCCUGAGGAGCUCUCCUUACUGCGCAAGCCCCGCGACCCCAAGAAGAAGAAGAAAAAGCUGGAGGAGGCAGAGGAGGAGGCGUUGGAGCUGGAAGGACCACUGCUCACUCCUGGAUCAGCCUCUGAGAUACUAUACAUUGGACCGGUAAAAGGAAGCAUCUAUUCUAGUCCUGGACUUUACAGCAAGACCAUGACUCCUACCUAUGACUCUCGGGACGGCAGCCCUCUGUCCCCCACCACAGCGUGGUUUGGAGACAGUCCGCUGUCAGAAGGCAAUCCCAGCAUCCUCGCUGUCAGCCAGCCCAUCACCUCACCCGACAUUGUGGUCAAGAUGUACAAACCACAGUCCCUCCUGGACAAGGCCAAGAUCAACCAGGGGUGGCUGGACUCCUCCAGAUCACUGAUGGAGCAGGAUGUGAAGGAGAACGAGGUUCUUCUGCUCCGGUUCAAGUACCACAGCUUCUUUGACCUCAACCCAAAGUAUGAUGCCAUCAGGGUGAACCAGCUGUAUGAGCAGGCCAAGUGGGCCAUCCUGCUGGAGGAGAUCGAAUGCACCGAGGAGGAGAUGAUGAUGUUCGCCGCCCUGCAGUACCACAUCAACAAGCUGUCCAUCAUGUCUUCAGACAAUCACAUGAACAACAGUGAGAAGGAGAUCGAUGAGGUUGAUGCGGCUCUGUCAGAUCUGGAGAUAACUCUAGAGGGAGGAAAGACGUCCAACACGCUGGGUGACAUCACAUCCAUUCCUGAACUGGCCGACUAUGUGAAAGUCUUCAAACCAAAGAAACUCACUCUAAAAGGAUACAAGCAAUACUGGUGCACGUUCAAGGACAUCACAAUCUCCUGCUACAAGAGCCGCGAGGAGGCCCACGGCACGCCAGCACACCAGAUGAACCUGAGAGGCUGUGAAGUCACACCAGAUGUGAACAUUUCCGGUCAGAAAUUCAACAUCAAGUUGCUAAUUCCUGUAGCAGAUGGUAUGAAUGAGAUCUGGCUGCGGUGUGAUGCUGAGAAGCAGUAUGCUCAGUGGAUGGCGGCUUGCCGUUUGGCCUCCAAAGGGAAGACGAUGGCAGAUAGUUCCUACAACUUGGAGGUCCAGAACAUUCUGUCCUUCCUGAAGAUGCAGCACAUGAAUCCUGAUCCUCAGAUCAUAGAGCCCAUCACCACCGACAUCAACCCUGAGUGUCUGGUGUCUCCACGAUACCUGAAGAAAUACAAGAACAAGCAGCCAGGCUUUGUCAGGGACUUGAUUUCCACCCGUAUUCUGGAAGCCCAUCAGAAUGUGGCGCAGAUGAGCCUCAUCGAGGCCAAGAUGCGCUUCAUACAGGCCUGGCAGUCCUUGCCAGAGUUUGGAAUCACCCAUUUUCUGGCCAAGUUCCAGGGUGGCAAGAAAGAUGAGCUGAUUGGCAUCACCUACAACAGACUGAUCCGUAUGGACGCCAGCACAGGAGACGCCAUCAAGACCUGGCGCUUCAGCAACAUGAAGCAGUGGAACGUCAACUGGGAGAUUAAGAUGGUGACGGUGGAGUUUGCGGACGAGCCCAGUCUGGCGUUCAUCUGUGCCGAGGUGGACUGCAAAGUGGUGCACGAGUUCAUCGGCGGCUACAUCUUCCUGUCCACGCGUGCCAAGGACCAGAACGAGUCUCUAGAUGAGGAGAUGUUCUACAAGCUGACCAGCGGCUGGAUCUGAGCGCCGCAACACUCUCUCUCAUACUUUCACACUUCUUCUUCUUCUUCUUCUUUAUCUCUUUUUAACCACUCCAUCAUGGCCGCAUCGUAAUUGUUUAAAAACUGAUUUUUAAAAUUCUGUUUAUGCGCAUGAGCGCGUUCAUAACACUAGCAGACAUGAAGCUCUGUUUCAGUGGAGCCGUUUACUGCUUCCCUCCAGAAGUGAUUUGUUUGAGAUGAAGCAAUAGUAGCUGACCGUUACACAUUACCUAUAUCUAUGACCCUCAGUAGAAAUACGCCAGCUUUGCGCACAGCAGAAAUGCCGGUUAUUUAUUUGUCACUAAUUUACGUCGCAUCUCUCUGGGUAGCUGUUGAAUAUGCGGUGCUCCUUUGUGCCUAUUAAUCUGUAAUGAUAACAGUCACUUUAAUGUGACGUCAGAGAGACACUAGAGAAGGAAAUGUUACACUAGCUUUAACGUUGCUGCUUCUGAACGCUAUCGACUGAUGAGUAAAGACGCUACGCUUCAGGUCGGCAGUCUUUGGUCAAAAACCCAAUCAGUUUGGUCCUUUCUAAGCACUUCGAAGAUAAGCUGUCAUUUGAAGGUUCGUGUGUGAUCAACACUACAUAACAUGUAAUAACGCAGAUAUUUUUUUACACUAUGAAGGAGAGUCGUCCACUUUUUUUGUAGCAGCUUGCAACAUAGGAGGACGUCUAUGAAUCAGACUGCUUUUGAAGGUCAUUGAUUUCCCGUUGUAGGAAGCUUCUUUUUAUUAUGAAGUCUGUUAUUUUAUUCAUCACUCUUUAUUGUGAACCAGUAUAGUAUUAUUCAAAAGCAUUUCUUUAAUACGCACCAGCGGUAGGUCACAAACCUUUUUUUUUUCUUUCCAAAAUGAAGGAUCGCUAAAUGAAGUAUUAGAUUUGUUUUUUGUAUCUAAUGUAAAAAAAAAAACAGGUUUUAAAAAAAACAACAUUGUACAGUUAUUUUGUUGCUGCUUUUUUCUGUCAUUUUUGGAAGCGUAUUUUUUCCAGAAGAGAGGGGGAAAAAAGCCAUUUUUUGACAUUUAUGGAUUGGUGCCUGUCGAUCUUAAGGACUUUUAGAAAUAUAUAUAUAAGUGCAUAUGAAGAAUUACAAGAAGUCUGGAGCUCCUGGCUGGAAUAAAAUCAUGUAGAUUAUGGCAUUCUUUAUAUCUCUGAUAAGAUUUAGUUUUUCCUGCCUUAACUGAUGAAUAGCCACGCUCGUUUGAUUCUGCUGCAGGAGCGUAUAGCCUUUCUGAACGUGUGCCACACACUUCAACACUAAUGAAGCGCAGCAGAAUCGCUCUUUCUGUGCCUUUUUAGUCCAUCACUUCUUGUCAGUAUUGUCUCCUGAUGUUUCUCCAUAUGAAGGUGGUUUCAGAGCCAGAAAUGAAGAUUAUUAUUUUUUGUUUAUUUGGUUUUGUUUUGUUUUCUCAGAUGCCAGCAGUGCAUUGCAUGGCCUGCUGUUUUAAGAUUGUAAAAAUGCCAUUUACCUGACAAAUAAAUAAAUAAAAUCAUUUUUAUUUAAAAUCACAA